CCCGAUAGCCUGGAGGGGUUCUUCAGCGGCAUAAAAAUGCUGACACAAUGGUAGCUUUAAUGAAGGUUUAUGAAGAAGAAGAUGAGGCUUACUGGGAUUUAGUUACUAUGGCAACACAAUUCUACCAAUAUUUACUGCAGCCCUUUAGAGAUAUGAGAGAACUGGCAACGUUGUACAAGCUGGAAAUCCUGAAGUCCUUGCAGUUUGAUAACCUGGGCCCUAAAAGAAUAGAAGCACUACAGAAAGAAGUUGCAAAAUGGACUAAGCAGGCUGCAGAAGCAGUGUGCUCUAUUCAGGACAUCACUGUGAACUAUUUUGAAGAAACUGUGAAAGCCCUGACAGCAAUGAACAAGCAGAUGGAGCAAGAUCAGCUGAGAUUUGGCCAAGCCAGCUGGGCAUCAGCUUCUCCAAGGCAAGAAAACCUGAAGUACAUGUUAGCUAAAGAGACACUUCAGCACAGGAGAGCAAAAGAAUUGUGUCUGAAGCAGAAGAGAGCUGGCAUUCGGAAAAAAAUGGAAAACCUUGAAGAACAACAAAAGAAUACAGCUGUAGUAGAGGAACUGGAAAUAGAGUACUAUGAAACUCAGCUGAAAUUGUAUAACAUACAACUUGAGAUACUGAAACAUGAAGAAAUGCUGCUCAUUGCCCAAUUAGAGACCUUAAAGAGACAGAUUAAAGAGAAACAGGAUGAAGUUGUUUACUAUGAUACAUGUGAAAAUCCUGAGGAACUCCAGGUCACUGAACAGAAAAUGGGACCACAUUAUGUUCAGUCAUCAGAAGUGACCAAGCUGAGGCUGAAGACUCAGCAGUUGGAGACUAAACGUGGGACUAUCUGUGCAAGAAGAGCCUACCUCAGGAACAAAAAAGAGCAAUGUGAAGAGAGCCACCAGCUUCGACUUCAGGAGGCCCAGGAAAGCAUAAAACGCUACCAGCAGCAUCACAACAUACAGAUCAAACGAGAGACAAAGAAAGAGGAAGAGAAAAAGAAGAAAGCCUGGAUAAGCCAGGAACGCCAGAAAACACUGGAAAGGCUGAAAACAUUCAAGGAGAAGUGUCCAGCUCAGCUUGUGCUGAAAACGCCUCCUUCACAGCUUCACAACACCAAGCACCCGCAAGGUGUUUUCCAUGAGACUCCAGCGCUGUCCCCUCAGCCUAUGUCAAUAAUCAGUUUAGCCCCACAGCAGUCAAGCAGCACCCAGCUAGCACCAGGCAGUGGUUUAAAAAUGCCAUGUCAGAAUAUCCCAGCAGAUACCCCUGUGCAGGUUUUUGAUUUCACUGAAGAUUCAAAGUACAGCAAAGGACUGAUGAUGAUGCCUCCACCACCGCCACCUCCUCCCCCACCUCCUCUGCCACUGCAUUUAACGGCACCAGCAACCAUCAAAGAGCAGCCACUUCCCCUCAUCUGUGAAGACUCCACAGCACGUGCUGCAACACAGAGACGAGCUGACUCACCCAAGUGUUCUGUAAAUGACUGCACAGGAACCAUGGAUAAGGUUUUGGCUUCACUGAGACAUGGUGAAGUUUUUCUUCGAAGAGUGGAAAAGCCUAAUUCAUCACCUUCAGAUACAUCAAUAAAAGACAGCAUCCUCUUAGCCAUAAGACAAGGAGUUAAGCUAAGGAAAGUGAAUCGAGAUCCAGAGAAAGUUGUCAGAGAAUCCAGCAAUGAAUUUGAAAGAAGCAUAAAGGCAGCCAUCCAGAGAAUUAAGAAAGUGUCUGCUGACUCUGAAGAGGAUGAAAAUGGUGAUCAGAACAGUAGAGAAUGGGACAGUUAACCAGCUCAGCACAGCUUGUGCCUUGGUCAAUUUGCACUUUUUAGGUGACUCUGCCUUUCCUCAGCAAUAGGAAAGGGUGUAUAGGAUCGUUAUUCCUGUAAUUAUCCAAAAUCUCCUGAGUAUUAUAUCAAAUAGUCCUGUUGCUUUUCUCCAGAGGCUGUGUAGAUUUGUUUUUAAAAGUGAGGCUACACUGUAGAAUGCGUUCCUAUGGAUUAACAAGAGACCGCAGCUCAUCUGUGGAGACUCCAAACCCUUGAGCCUGUGGGGAGCUAAAUCCAGGAUCACAACAUCCCUCCUACUUUAAACUUUACGGCUCCAGAGUGUAUAGAAAAGAUAGUGCAAAAGGGUUUUAAUAAUAAAAUUAACUAAAAUUGACACCACCAGCAAGAAGAUAAUCCAGGAAUUGAAAGGCAAGAACAAAACCAGAGAGCCAUUUUAAAGCAAUUUGCAACUCUGCAUCACUACCUCCCAGGACUGGAAGUUCCCUUUGAACUACAUAUGGUGUAUAAUACAGAUUCCUUGUAAGGUUUAUCACAUUAAUAACAGGUUUAAUAUGCAAAUAAUUUUCCACUGCAUUGUAGUGCCUGCACUGUGGAAUGACCCAGCAGUUGUGGUUGUGAAGAGGAAUGCUGGGUAUUGAAAUAACUACUACUGUAUUAAAUUACUGAAAAAGUCCACUCUUAAAGAUGAUAGCUUAAAAUGUUUUUGCUUUUUGUUUUUUUAAAACCACUCUCAGUGUUUUGAAACAGAAUGCUUGUUUAUGCAAAUACGAGCAGCCAUAAGGAACUGUAGUCAUAAGAGAAGGCCAAAAUGUUAUAUUUUCUGGGAUCACUCUUUGAUACAGUGCUACUGAUCAUCUGUAUGGGAAAAAUGAGGCUUUUAUACUAGCUCAAAAUUUUUACUGCCAGAUACAGCCUUAAGUAUUUAUAUUAUACCUGGAACCUAAGUAAUAGAAACAAUUGAUAAGUGUUCAGCUAUAUUUAUCUUGAGUUUUAACAUGUAUGAGGUUUGUUUUGGGGGUUUAUAUGGACCCUUAAUAAAAAAAAAAAGACCUUAUGAUACA